AUGGUGUCGGACCACUCGUCCCAGACGGUCCGGGUCCGCCAGCUCGGCCCGAACCCCAGCGCGAUGAACGGUGAGGAAUUGCAGCGAGGGGAGGCGAGGACGGUCGGGCCCGGCAGCGUCUUCGAGUUCCUCCCCGGCCGGUUCCCCCACCGCCUGGAGUUCGAGGGGAGGAAGAGGAAGCAGGACGACUCUCCCGAGUCGCUUAAGAGGGGGAAGCAAGACGCUCGGUCCCCGGAGUCGCUUAAGAGGGGGAAGCAGGACGCUCGGUCCCCGGAGUCGCUUAAGAGGGAUAAGCAAGACGACUCCACCGAGUCGGUUAAGAGAGGGAAGCAAGACGCUCUGUCCCUGUUCUCUCGGGUGGGUUCGACCGGUUCGUGGAAGGAUGAGGAGGGUGGGGCGCUGAUGGUCUACACUCCUCCGAACAUUCAGCAUUCCGAAAAGAUAGCAGCCUACGACAUCGACGGAACGAUCAUCGCGACGAAAUCGGGCCGGGUGUUCGCCACCGACCGCAACGACUGGCGGAUCCUCUACGCCGAGAUCCCCGGGAAGCUGAAGGAGCUCGCCUCUCGAGGCUACAAGCUGGCGUUCCUCACGAACCAGCUGGGCGUGGCGAAGGGGAAGGUCGGGAGGGAGGAGCUGAGGGGGAAGGUGGAGGCGGUGGUGGGUCGACUGGGGGUCCCGGUCCAGGCGCUGGUGUCCACGGGGAAGGGACGAUUCAGGAAGCCGGCGACGGGGAUGUGGGAGUAUCUCGAGGAGAGGGGAAACGGCGGCAUCGUGGUCGACCGAGGGAAAUCCUUCUACUGCGGGGACGCAGCCGGUCGACCGGCCGACUGGGAGCCGAAGAGGAAAAAGGACUUCUCGGCCAGCGACCGGCUCUUCGCCGCCAAUCUGGGCCUACCGUUCUGCACGCCGGAGGAGCAUUUCCUCGGGAGGAAGCCGGCGCCGUUCGACCCGCCGGAGUUCGACCCGAAGGCGGCUCUGGAGUCGCAGGGCCCGCUUCUGGAUCCGCCCGAUGCCUUGUCGGGGACCGGCACCGAAGUGAUCGUAUUAGUGGGAUGCCCAGGCUCGGGCAAGAGCCACUUCGCUACGCACCACCUGGAGCCCAAAGGCUACGUCCACGCGAACCGCGACACCCUGGGCACCUGGCAGAAAUGCGUCAGCGCCCUGGAGAAGAGCCUCGCGAGAGGGAAGAGCGCGGUCGUGGACAACACCAACCCCGACGCGGCGUCGAGGGCGCGGUACGUGGAUGCGGCGAGGAGGGCGGGGGUCCCCGUGCGGUGCUUCGUCCUCUCCACGAAGCCGCAGCAGUGCAAGCAUAAUAACAGGUUCAGGGAGUUGGUGGACGACUCCCAUGAACACGUGAAUCAGAUGGUCUUCAACAUGUACAAAUCGAAGUACGAAGAACCGAGCCUCUCGGAAGGUUUCUCGCAGAUCGUCCGAGUGAAUUUCCAGCCCAGAUUUGACAGGGAGGAGGAUAAGAAGCUGUAUGGGAUGCAUCUGCUGUGAAGACAAAUUGUCUGAUGCUUUUUACUUUUGCGGUAUCAAUAACAGGGAGUUCAGGGAGACAUUUACUUUUUUUUUUGUCUAAGAUGAAUAUGCAUUCUACAGGCAGACUACUCCAUGUCCUGUCAGAAAAAUUCUGGCUUGAUGAUCUUCUUGUAUUUGAACCUUGGGC